AUGCAAUCCAAAUUCUGGGCCGCGGGGGCGGAUUCACUAGAGUCGGAGUACUCGUCGGAGAGUGACGAUCAGGAACAGGUACAGCAGGAGAAGGCCGUCGCUCCGCCUUCUCGUUGGGCCGCCGCAGAGACAUCCUCAAGUGAUGAUGAAGGACGCGUUGUGAAAAGCCUAAAGGACAGGCGCUGGGGGGCUAUGCGCGAAGUUAUCCGUCAGAUGGAAAACCACAUGAAAAUCCUUGACUUCGCAGAGUUGGGAAAGGACUACGAAACCCUUUUGAAGAGCUACAACAAGGCGCACCAGGUGAUAGAGCAAGAGGGAGUGCCAAACUUUUUCAUUCGCGCUCUUGUGGAACUGGAGUCGUUUGUGGAGGAGAAGCUCAAAGACAAGGAAAACUUCAAAAAGCUCUCAAGGCCGAAGGCCCUCGCCCUCAACACCCUCAGAGCCAAAGUGCGCAAAACCACAGAGCCAUGGGCAUCCAGCAUUGCCGACUGCAAAGAAAAUCCUGAAAAGUUCGAAACACAGAGCGAAGAGUCCGACGAGGCUGACUCCGACAGCGAUUUCAGCGAAAACGAUAGCAGCGAGUUAUCCGAAUCAAGUGAUGGGAGCAGCAGCAGCUCCGAUGAUGAGGAAAAAGGGAGAAAGGGGAAGACGGAAGGCUCCGACGACGACAGUGAAUGGUCGGACUCAGAGGCAGAAGAGGAAAGCCAGGAGGAAGACGGUGACCGUCAGAAGGAUGCGAUGGCGAAAUGGGGCGUGCGAGAAGAAGGGGAAAAGACAAGGACUAAGUCUGCGAAGAAGAAGAGCUCCUCAAAGAGCUCCAAGACGCCUGCAAAAGAGCCCACGCCUGCUGGUGCCGAGGGUGGCUUCUCGACAAAGGACAUGCAGCAUUUGUUUGACAGCACGGAUAUUAAUGAAGAAGUGAUUGCGAAAAGGGUGCAGAUGGUGGUUGAGAAGCGAGGCAGGAGAGGCGUUGACAAGAUGGAACAAAUGCGCAUUCUGAAACGCCUCGCGGAACUGGCUGAGACCGUCAGCCCUCAAUGCCACUUGGAGGUUCUGGGCCAUUUAAUCAGCGCCGAGUUUGACACAACUUCGGGCGUGUUCACUAGUAUGCCGUUACAGAUCUGGAUGGAAACUUUUGCGGGGGUGAAGUUGUUGCUCAGCAUCAUGGAACAGAAUAAGGGCGCCUACCUCGUCCCUUUGGCCGGGCUGGCGGAGAGCUCAACGCCCGAAGAGAUACAGCAGAUGUCUGCCAGCAUUCUUACUUCAUUUGUGGAACGCCUUGAUGACGAUCUUACCAAAUCUCUUCAGUCAACUGAUGUCCAUUCUGACGAGUACAAAGAGAGGCUAGGAAAGAGCAUUGAUAUCCUUGCCCUGUUGUGGCGAACCUUCUGUUUCCUUGACGAGAGAGGAUUCAAAGCACAAGCUGCUACAGUCGCGCUAAAGGUCAAUGAGCACAUGCAUUACAAGCCCGAUACAAUCGCCUCCAAGAUGUGGGAUGUGCUUCGCAAGGAACUGCCUGAAGAGCUCUGCAAGGGACUCCCUGGGGGCAACCUUGCUCCCAGGGCUUUCAUUGAGACGCUGACGCGCUACGUCUUUAAGUACUCGGCGAGUCAGAGGGAAAAGAUCCGUGCCCUCCUGCACGUUGCGUACAGCAAGAGUUUGCAUGACGAUUAUUACCAAGCGCGAGAUUUGAUGCACACGCCGAACAUACAGGAGUUGGCGAUGCAGACGGACAUAUCAACCCAAAUACUGUACAACAGGAACCUUGUGCAGUUGGGGCUCUGCGCUUUCCGCAACGGCCUCAUACAGGAUGCCCACGCGUGCCUGUCGCAGAUCUGCCCCAAGCACAAGGAACUGCUGGCUCAGGGCCUGUCUAACCUUAAGAAUGUCGAGCGCACGCAGGAGCAGGAACGUGCCGAGAAACGGCGACUGUUACCAUACCAUAUGCACAUCAGUAUGGAGCUUAUUGAAUGCGUUCACAACAUCUGCGCAAUGCUCCUUGAGGUGCCUCAUAUGGCCCACGACGCAUUUGACCCGAGGAAGCGUCCAAUCAGCAAACAUUUCCGGCGCAUGCUGGAGAUGUACGACCGUCAAGCCUUCGUUGGCCCCCCAGAGAACGCCAGAGAAACUGUCAUGGCCGCCACAAAAGCUCUGCAGCGAGGGGAUUGGAGCGAUUGUGCUCGCCACAUUUGGAGCCUUAGCAUCUGGGAUAAGAUGUUCAAUAAGGAGCACAUUCAACAGAUGUUGCUGCAGAAGAUUAAGGCGGAGGCAAUGCGCACUUACAUAUUCACUUACCUCUCGCUUUACGAUUCUUUCGCAAUCGGGCAAUUGGCGAGCAUGUUCGACCUUUCGCUGAAUGCCGUCCACUCGAUCGUCAGCAAGAUGAUGAUAAAUGAGGAGAUCCACGCGAGCUGGGACGAGACAAGCCAGUUCAUUUUAAUCAGUCGCGUCAAGCAUACACGGCUUCAGCAGCUGGCACUGACACUUGCGGAAAAUGUCGCGAAUGCCGUUGAACAGAACGAGCUGACCCUCAACAUGAAAAACCCGAAGUUUGCUUUAACACACGAGCGGCGCUUUAUGAGAGAUGGCGACAGGGCUGGCUGGGGCACUCGUGACCGCGAAGAUGGAGGGGGGCACCGCAGCAGACCAGGAUUCCGCGGUCGUGCAGGGCUGAACCCUGUGGGCGCUAGGGGACGCGGUUUGGGUAGGGGGACCUACAGAGGCAGCGGCUUCAGAGGCAACAGAGGAAGCGGGGACUACAGAGGGGAUUACCGCGGAGAGAGUAGGGGCGAUCGUGGAGAGUACAGAGGCAACUCAGAUCAGCGAGAUCCCUUUCGCAUCAAGUUCAGCAGUCCUCUCACAUACAAUUAA